AUGAAAAACCGAGUUUUCUCUGAAUUUAUUGAGAAAUUAACGAGAGCUCUCGCGGCAUUAGUAGCCGCCGACGAAUUACUUCUUGAUGAACUAGUUAAACAUAUACAAGAAUUUCUGCUUGAAAAUGCAUACGAAUUGCUUUCGAAGAAUUAUGUGUUGGUUCUGAGGACAAUAUUUCGGCUAGUAGCUUGCACAAAACUUCAAGAUUACUGUCUCGAGUACAUUUGCGCUGAUCCUCAGCCAUUCUUUGAAUCAAUUGAUCCACGUUUAAACAAAGAAGUUCUGUUGAGACUUUUAGAACGUGACGACUUUAUAAUCGAAGAGAUUAUUAUCUGGGACAGUUUGAUUAAAUGGGGUCGGUCGCAAAGGUUCUUGAUCAACGAAAAGAAUGAUAAUAAUGAUCUCAAUCUUUCAGAAUGGUCUCUUGAGGAUUUUAGCGCGUUAGGAAAAAUUUUGGAGCCAUUUAUCCCUCUCGUUAGAUUCUUUGAAAUUUCAUCGGAGGAUUUUUACGAUAAAAUCAGACCAUACAAAAAAAGUUUGCCAUCCGAAUUAUACGAAGAAUUAAUGGCCUUUUAUUUGAAAGGCACGAAACCCACAUUGAACCAAUUACCCCCCAGGAUUUCAAAAAUAGACUCCAACAUUAUUACAUGGAGACAUGCGGUGCUAUUAGCCAAUUGGAUAGAUCACAAGGAACAAACCUCCGUAAUAAAUUGGUAUCCUCCAUACGAAUUCAAUUUAUUGUUUCGUGGUUCUCGUGAUGAGUUUACAGCUUCAAGUUUUCAUCAAAAAUGUGACGAAAAGAAUUCGGUCAUAGUCGUCUGCAGAUUAGAUUCUUCGCAAAUUAUUGGUGGGUACGACCCAUUUGGGUAUACAAAUCAGUCGGAGGGUUGGCGUGCUUCUCCCGAAUAUUUCAUCUUUUCGUUAGGCAUUAAUGAAGAAAGUACAAGCGCAUUUUCGAUCCUAAGUCGUUUUCUUGCGAAUGACGAGAACGCCAGUUAUAAUCAUCCUAGUUUCGGGCCAUUUUUUGGUGACGGUGAUCUUACCUUUUUAAAUCCUUUGACUGAAGGGACUUGCUACUGGCAUAGUUAUAGCAAUCCGCUCAUGGUGAAUAAUCAUCUAAAAAGCUACAAGUUCAAAAAAAGUUCUUUGCACAAAAGUGUGCCAACGAACCUAUGUCUCGGAAAUCGAAUAAUUUUGGAAAAGAUGACAUAUAGUGAGAAUGCAUCUAAUGCGAGAGUUAAUGAUAUUUUUACGCAAGAUAAACUUAAAGACCUACCUUCGAAGAGAAGGAACAAGCUAAUAAAGUUCAAUCGUAAAAAGUCUGGUUCAAGUCCGGUUCGAUUUUUAAAAUCUACUUCGAUCCUAAGUUCAAAUCCGGCUCAGAAUCGAACCUGGCAAAAAGUCUGGUUCAAUAUUUCUCAUCCUGUUUCUUAA